AUGAUCGAACUUAUACGACUACGCCAACAAGUUGAGCAACUCAGCCUUAAACACCAAAUGCUUAUAUCAGGACAAAAAGACUUAGGAGAGAUCACCAAGCCUAGGGCACCAGGACCCUAUAACAGCAACCCAAGAAUACUCCAAGGAUUCUUAACCCAGCUCAGGGCGUACCACCAAUUCUACCCAAACAAGUUAACCAAUAUGCAAGCAAAAGUGCUACACGCUGGAGGAUGUAUAACGGGCACCGCGCUCGCAUGGUUUGAACCAAUUAUGCGAGACUAUCUCACCAACGCAGGAGAUAAUCAAGAAGACGAAACAAAAGAAAUAUUUGCCGACUAUAAGAAAUUCGAAAAAGCAAUCAAAAAAACAUUUAGAUCAACCGACGAAGUAAGGACCGCAAUCAUUCACAUGGAUCAACUCAGACAAAAAGGAUCUACAUCAGAUUAUACGGCACGUUUCAGACAAGUCACCUCAGUACUAGACUAG